UAGUUGACAUUAGAGAGCGCCCUCAGCCCUGGGCCAAACGUAACCCUGAGGGGAUCGGGAGGAAGAGGCUAGCAGCAGUAUCAGUAGUAGCAGUGUUCAGCUGGUUGGAAGGGAGAGAGGGUUGGAGAGGAACUCUAGGUCCCGGUUGAAGCCUUGACUGACUGAGGAGUGAAGACAGGAGUGUGUUGGUGUGUCCCGUAGUGUGGAACGGCCUUGUGGCCAGCGGUCGGCUGGUCUGGUGUUUCCUGUCCAUUCAAGGGCAUUCCAUCUGCUGGGACCUGGACAGGAGAGGAGAGACAGCGGAGAGGAGCGGCCUGCCACAGAGGGCCCACUGGGUUGAAGAGAGAGAGGGACGGGGGAGGAGGGAGGCUACGAGAGGAGCCACAUGGUCUCAGUCCCACAGGGAGCUACUCUUCUGGGGACAGUAGGUUGACAAGCCACAGUAAUCUGCUACUACCAUGGGUGACUGGAACCUGUUGGGGAAGUUGUUGGAGAAAGCCCAGGAACACAGCACCGUAGUGGGGAAGGUCUGGCUCACUGUCCUCUUCAUCUUCCGGAUCCUUGUCCUGAGCGCCGCAGCAGAGAAGGUGUGGGGGGACGAGCAGUCAGGGUUCACCUGUGACACCAAGCAGCCUGGAUGUGAGAACGUCUGUUAUGACUACACCUUCCCCAUCUCUCACGUCCGCUUCUGGGUCCUCCAGAUCAUCUUUGUCUCCACUCCCACCCUCAUUUACCUGGGUCAUAUAUUACACCUGGUGAGGAUGGAGGAGAAACAGAAGCAGAGAGAGAAGGACGCAGAGCGGGCCGGGGACAAACCGCCCCUGUCGGAGAGCAACGCCUGUAAGGCCCCGGUGAGGGACGACAGGGGUAGGGUUCGACUGAAGGGGGAACUACUGAGGACCUACGUGUUCAACAUCAUCUUCAAGACGCUGUUCGAGGUGGGCUUCCUCGUCAUGCAGUACCUACUCUAUGGCUUCCACCUGCAGCCCAUGUACACCUGCGACCGCUCGCCCUGCCCCAACACAGUCAACUGCUACAUCUCCCGACCCACAGAGAAAACUAUCUUCAUCAUCUUCAUGCUAGGAGUGGCCAGUCUGUCUCUGUUCCUCAACCUGAUAGAGAUGUACCACCUGGGGUCCACUAAGUGUCGCCAGGGUAUCAAGUACCACCGGGAGGAUCUGAGCUCAGACUCCAAGGAGCCCAGCGAGGCGGAGGAGGCCGUGCCCUACACUCCCAGCUACGACCCCUACCACGGGGCCCAGCCAGCCUACCAGGUCCAGCCAGCAUACCCUCCUGUCCCCAGCUAUAACAUGUCCCCUCUAUCCGAGGAGACGGACUCCACCUACCAGCCCUACCACAACAAGCAGAACAGGGACAACCUGUCGGUGGAGAGGAGCGUCGGCAGCCAGCCGGACCACCUGAAAGGGAAGAAAGGAGGAGGAACGUGCGGGGGGUCGGAGCCAGGUUCACCAUCUCUACCCCGGGCUGGACACCACGCUGCUAAACACGGCAACAAGACCAGAAUAGACGAUCUGAAGAUCUGAGAGGGGCUUAGGUUGCUGAGACCAUGUCUUAGGUUGCUGCCCAGGGUCUUAUGUCGCUUGAAAGGCAUUCUUAGGGUUGAGACCCAAAUGGCACCCUAUUCCCUAUGUAGUGCACUACCUUUGACCAGGGCCCAGGGCCUAUGACAACCUAAGACAGUCCAGGGCUCUGGUCAAAAGUAGUGCACUAUAUAGGGAAUAGGGUGCCAUUUGGGACUCACAGAUGUGUCCAACAGACCGCAGUCCCUUGUGCCCCCCCCCGGCAGCCUGGUGGAUGGCAGAGCUUUGACUCACUGGGGGGGUUUGAUAUUUGUAGGACACAAAAAUAAACGUUGAAUGUUACGGUUGUAAAACAUGAUCUAUGAAGGACAAAUAAAUUGACUGUUACGGUUGUAAAACACGAUCUAUGAAGGACCUUUGUGUUUCAUAUUAGAUGACAAACAACAACAUCUUAAAACUCUUUCAGAAACCCUCCUGGUGUCUAUGGGACUAGAGGACAUUAAAUCCAACUAUUACUGAACGUUUUUGUGCAUUUCAGACUGAAGAAAAAGCGGAUAUAUUCGACUUUUAGUUAUUGAACCAAGUAAAACAAGGAAAACAUUUUUUUGAAUGAAAAUGUAAUGUUUAAUGUGUUUCUUCAGAAUAAUAUUAACCCUGGAUGCACUUU